UACAGGGAAAAUUGUAGUGAGAAGAUGGAUCAGUUUCUUAAAAGAUGUUUCUACCAUUCAGGUCAGUACGAUUCCGAGGAGCAUUUUGUGGAGUUAGACCAGAAGUUGAAAGAACAUGAGGCUGGCAGAAUCACGAACCGGCUUUUCUACUUAUCAAUUCCACCAAACAUUUUUAUCGAUGUGGUGAAAUGCUCUAGUUUAUCUGCCUCCUCUUCCAUUGGUUGUACAAGGGUCAUUGUCAAGAAAACCUUUGGUAGGGAUUCUGAAUCAUCUGCUGCUUUAACGAGAGGCCUGAAGCAGUACUUAGAGGAGGAUCAGAUUUUCAGAAUCGACCACUAUUUGAGGAAGGAACUGGUGGAAAACAUAUCUGUACUCCGCUUCUCGAAUCUUCUUUUUGAACCUCUAUGGUCGAGGCAGUAUAUAAGGAAUAUGCAGUUCAUCUUCUCAGAAGAUUUCGGCACUGAAGGCCGAGAAGGCUAUUUUGACAGUUAUGGGAUUAUAAGGGACAUAACACAGAACCAUCUGCUUCAAAUACUUGCAUUGUUUGCCAUGGAAACUCCUGUCAGCUUGGAUGCAGAAGAUAUCAGAAAUGAAAAGGUGAAAGUUCUACGAUCUAUGAGGCCAUUGCAACUCGAAAACAUGGUGAUUGGGCAGUUUAGAAGCCACACAAAGAAUGGUGUAACAUACAGAGGUUAUGUAGAUGACAAGAUGGUGCCUAAAGACAGCCUCACUCCAACAUUCGCAGCGGCUGUCCUUUUCAUAGACAAUGCAAGAUGGGAUGGGGUGCCAUUUCUUAUGAAAGCCGGGAAAGCAUUGCAUGCUAGGACGGCAGAAAUCAGAGUACAGUUCCGGCAUGUUCCUGGCUAUUUAUACAAGAGGAGUUUCGGGAAGGACCUUGAUCAAGCGACUAAUGAGCUUGUUAUUCGAGUGCAGCCUGAUGAGGCAAUUUAUUUAAAGAUCCAUGACAAGGUCCCUGGUCUUGGGAUGAGGUUGGACUGCAGCAAUCUGAAUCUUCACUAUGCAGCAAGAUACUCAAAAGAAAUACCAGAUGCAUGCGAGAGGUUGCUGCUUGAUGCAAUCCAAGAAAAACAGCGGCUGUUCAUCAGGAGCGAUGGGCUGGAUGGUGCAUGGAAGCUCUUCACGCCAUUGUUGAAAGAGCUGGAGGAGAAGAAGAUCACUCCCGAGCUCUAUCCUUGCGGAAGUCGUGGGCCUGUCAGAACUCAUCAUCUUGCCGAGAAGUACAAUGUCCAGUGGGGUGACCUUGGCACCGAGCAUUAUCAAGGUUGACAUUUUUUAUUUUUGAUUUAUUUGAGAUGUAUGAGAAUAAUUUUCAUUCCACUUGUAUGGAUGAGUCAAAACCAAGGGUUGAGAUUUCUUUAAAACAAGGAAGAGAUUUGA